CACCAAGAGAAUAUUGUUUGGCUGAUGCAGAUGCUGUCCGCAGCCUAAUGACCUUUCUUGGUUUGGUUUUUGAGUUUUUCUCUUAUCCACAAAAUCAAAUCUUCUCCAACAGCUUGUGUGGUUCUGAAUCCCAGAUGGCUCUUUCCGCAGCCCCACUUCCGUCUUCUUCUGUCUUUUCGUUUUCACUAAGCUCCUCCGCUAAAUCGUUGUUCCAUUUCCCUUCAACUUCCUCUGCCACUGUUUCGAGAGAAACUGAGUUAACCCGUGAAAAAAACUCGCGGGUUCUCCGUUCCCGCCAUUUGUUAUUUCAAAUUGAAGCUGUUGAAGCUAGGAAUCUGUUAGAUGGGGCUCGGUUAAAGGGAAGAAAAUGGAAUCGGACGAUGUUGAUUUUCACGACGUGUUCGGUGGCCCUCCGAGGAGGCGGUCGUCCGUUCAUGAAACGCGGUACAGCUUCUCCGAGACGGUGGAUUCCUUCGCGUUGAAACGUCGCGAUGAUGAAGCACCGUCGGGCCGGAGUAGUCGCUGGUCUGGUUUGAACGAGAAACCGGUGUUCGGGGAAGAAGGUGUCCACGGGCGGCGAUUUCCGAGCAAUGAUUUUUACGACGAUAUCUUCCAAGCCGAUGAAUCGGUGAGUUCUUCUCCUCGCCGUCAUGAGCGUGACCUUUUCUCUUCGACUCCUGGUUCGGGGAUUCUAAGUCCUGCUAGACCUCUUCCGCCGCCGGUAGAGCCCUUCGGCAGUUCUUCCCUCCCUGCACAAUUAAGCCUACCCUCAAGAUUGGCCAAAGGGACUGAUUUACCAGCGUUUGGAUCGAACCCAUCAAGAAACAAGGACGGUGGCUUGAAUGGAAGCCAUACAAAUUCUCCUAGGUUCACUCUUUCCAGAUUUUCUUCAAGCACAUCAAGCCAUCGUUCUGGUCUUUUGUCUUCUGAAUUCCAAGAACGUGGCAGUGAGGAAGCAUCAUCCUUUAGAAAGUCUGAUAGUAAUGCUAUGAGUGGAAACAGUUCAACGAAAGGAGUAGAUAGUUUAGAGGAUUCUAAUGGUAGUGGUCAAUUUCAGUUCCAUUUCUCCAUUUACAAAUGGGCAAGCAAAGGGGUGCCUCUGAUGAUGCCACUGAGAGGAGGGAACGGAUCGAGAUCAAGAUCAAAGACUAUGAUCCGAAGAAGCUCGAGCUCGACCGAUAGGGUAGUGAAGAAUAAAAAUGAGAUGCAUUCCCCAACAUCAACUAUACAGCACAUUGAUUUUCCUCUCGUCUUUCACGAAACUGCAAACGUCGAUGACGAAAAGGGAACGGGUUUACUGCCUGACAUAGCUGGUGUUGAUCAAAGAAAGGCUGGUGGAAGUUUUGAGGAAGCAAUUUCAGCCGCUCCUUCAGAAAACUUGAGCAGACAAACUUCACUGAGAAAUUCAAAAAUGAAGACACCUAGUUUCCUAAGUGCAGACAUGGAAUCUGGGCAUAACAUUGGCAGAAAGAAAGCUGGGGGGAAAAUUUCGGAGUUCGUUAAGAUUUUCAACCAAGUACCUGCAUCGAAACCCCGAGACGUAGUCGAUUUAGCAAAUGAUAGCUCUACAAGGAAACAGGAAAGUGCUUCAAAAGCUCAAACAGAAGCAACUGUCAAUAAAAUAAGGAAGGAUGAGAAACCCAAGCUGAAUAAGAACACAGAUGCUUCCACCAAGGGAGAUGAUGUUUCCAAGCAAUCAGUGGAUGAUCACUCUGCUAAAAAAGCUGCUAGCUACAGAAGUCCAGCACCAAACACUGUUCAUGUUCCCGGUGUCGCAAAGUCUACAACUCCGGACGUGGAGGAGCCCUUCCAAGAGCAUUUCUCGGUAAAAGAAUUACCACAAGACUAUGAUGAUUCCAGAGUAACAGACAAUGGUCGUGAAGGAUUACAAGCUAUCGAUACUAAAAUACGACAUUGGUCGAACGGGAAGGAAGGGAAUAUACGUUCGCUGCUGUCAACUUUGCAAUAUGUUCUUUGGCCUAAGAGCGGAUGGAAGGCUGUUCCUCUGGUUGAUAUAAUCGAUGGACAUGCAGUUAAGAGAUCUUAUCAGAAGGCUUUGCUGUACCUUCACCCUGAUAAGCUACAACAGAAGGGUGCUUCAUCAGAUCAAAAGUAUAUUGCAGCAAAAGUUUUUGAAAUACUACAGGAGGCUUGGACUCAUUUCAAUACGCUGAGUGGACAAUGAUAUAUAAUCGCGGCAUUAUGGGAACUGUGAUUUUGGCAGAAUGGAAGGCAAUGAGGUGCACACAAAGAGAUGUCUCUAUAAAGCUUUUUAAAGUGUCAUUUGCAUUUGUUUACAUACAAAAUCCAAAUGUCCUUUAAUGAAGAAAAAUAAUUUAAAUA